AUGAGCCUUCAAACUGUCUUCCUCAUGCUCUUAGUUUGUUUUAAAAUGUCCUCAUCUCUCUCUCCUCAGCCGAACUCCGCUAAGAAGUCGGGCUGCUUCAAAAUCAACAACUGCAAGUGUAUCAUGAAGGAUGGGAGCGGGGUGAUAAACCUGAACGCUAUGGGAGAUGCCGAGGGUUUCCUGGGGUAUUUGAUGCCUGUGUCAGCAGAGAACAUGUCAGUCAGUGCAGAAAUCCUCCUGUCCUUCAGCCCCUGCCAGCCCUUCUCACAGCCAGAGGACCUGACAGGAGCUGACUGUACCAACGUCGCUGCAUGUCUUUUUGUCAGGUAUCACAGGCUCAACAGAUACAUUAGCCGAUAUAUCAGCUAUGGAAGACAUGAAGGGAAUGAAUUCCACUACAAUGACACCCUGAAGAUGCUGUCUGUCUCAUACUUUGUUCAUGCCGGGCAGCCGCUGACAGUAGUGCAUUACCACUGCAAUCCAAACCAGUCUAUGUCUUUGAUCCGGGACCAGAAACUCCGCACUGGGGAGCCCUUGCAGAUCUGGGUAGAGAGCCCUUGUGCCUGUCCAAAUGCCUGUGCCAUGGGAGAUCUGGGUCUAGGCACCAUCUUCCUCAUCAUCCUCUCCCUCAGUGCAGCUGCAUACUUCAUCCUUGGAUCCUGUGCUCUCAGGCCUUUUCGGAGCAGCAGUGGAGUACAGAUCUCUCCAGAGCACAGUGUUUGGUGUAUGAUCUGCUACCUCUGUACUGAGAGUAGGCCAGCAAGAAGACACUAUACAGAGACGACACACUGAACGAUAAGCAGCUGCGUGCCUCUGGGGCACUGCAAGUUAUCUCAACGUGUCACGUAUUUUGACCUGAAGGUGUCAUCAUGUCCCAUGGCCAAGAGUCAGCAUGGUUUUGUUUUUUCAAUUUGCUCAAAGGGACGGGCUUGCGCUCUGUAAACCUUUACACUGCAUUGUGUGGACUUAAUCAGUACAUGAUACCUUUCUUUUGGUUAGGUUGUUUUGCAUAAAAUCACAUGUUUUGUGUCAGUAUAUUUAAUACGUUUUGAAAAAUUAAAGUAUUAAUUAUACAUUAUGCAAAAAACACACAAUAAUAAUUGAAAAUGUGAAAAUCCUACAAAGUGACCUUUUGAUUAGAUCUAUUUUUAUUUGCUAAAAAGGAAACUUACUUUCCACAAAUACUUUGACCAACUA